GACACGGAAAAUUUCAAGCAAAAGUGCAUCUGCACACUAAAAAGUAAAAUUGCAUACAUUUUACUGCACAUUUUAUUGUUUUUGGUUCCAUUGCUUCAUUGCAGAUAAAAACAUGGCAACUUUUGCUUGAAAUUGCAGAUUACACACAGCAGUUGUGCUAGUAAAUGAGCCCUAUUGUAUAUUUUUGGUAAAGGCUAGAUUAGAAGCAAUUUUAUGUCCGAAGCGUUGCAAUAAUUCACCAUUAAUGAUUUUAAUUAAAAAAAAACAUGCAACAUGUACGUGAAUACACACAUUAAUUUUUGCACAUAUAUACAUAUUAAACAAGUUUUUUUAAAUGUAAGUAAAGUUCAGCACUAUGACCAGGAGAUGGCAGACCUGAAUCAUUUCUUCAGCUACAAAGUACAUCUAUUGCUCUAAGCCUCCCAUUCUCCUCCUCCUGGUUCAGUGAUUCACCCUCCCAUCGUUCCACUGACACAAAGGGAAAAGCCAUUGCUCUGAUGAAAAUCCAGUGGAUAUUUACUCUGUAUGGGAUUUUUAUCUUUUUCAAGGACUGACAUCUAAACUACAUACUUAUGGGAUUUUAAUAAGAAACACUUUGAAUAAUAUCUCCCAGGAAGGCCUAAAGAUAUGGACAUCCUAAGCUCAACAAAGGCUUGGAAAUGGCAAGUAGUAUAUUGCUAUUUACUUUGUAGCUGGGGUUGGGUCUCUGGGCAGCUUCAUUAUUCUAUCGUUGAAGAGUCAGAACCUGAAUCUUUUGUGGGGAAUGCAGCUCAGGAUUUGGGAAUACACCAGACAAAUUUAUACAAGCGGAGACUGCAUUUAGGAUCCGAGGGAACCAGUAGACAUUUUGCCAUGAAUCAAGCUAAUGGAGCUCUAACUGUGAAAGAAAAGGUAGACAGAGAGAGCCUUUGCGCAUCCAGCUCAAGCUGUUUUUUGCCUGUUCAAGUUAUUGCUGAAAAUCCUUUAGAGGUUUUUAGUCUGGAAAUUGAAAUUUUGGACAUAAAUGAUAAUUCACCUAGUUUCUCAAAAGCUGAUCACAUUAUAACAGUUACCGAGAUUCGUGCAAACCCUGGUGUUCGGUUUCCUCUAGAGAUUGCAAAGGAUCCAGAUGUUGGUGUCAAUGGUAUUAGUCAGUAUAAAAUAGAUACAAACCCAUAUUUUUCAUUGUCUGUGAAGAAACGCAAGGAUGGGACACCUAUUCCUGAGCUUGUACUGGAAAAGGCUCUAGACAGAGAAGAAAAAAAAGAGCAUAGACUCAUUCUCACUGCUAUUGAUGGUGGUGAACCAACCAGAUCAGGAUCUUGUCAAAUAACUGUUAUUGUUUUAGAUUUCAAUGAUAACCCACCAGUGUUUUCUCAGUCAAUUUAUAAGGUAACACUAUUAGAAAAUUCAAAAUCUAACACUCUUUUAAUCACACUGAACGCUACAGAUUUGGAUGAGGGAAAAAAUUGUGAAAUAGAGUAUUACCUUGAUGACCAUACUUCAGAUCUUGCAAAGGAAUUGUUUAGCUUAAAUUCCCAAACUGGUGAAAUUUUUACCAAAGGAUUAGUGGAUUUUGAAGAAUCAAAGUUCCAUGAGCUAUCAAUUAGAGCAAAGGAUAAAGGAUUUCCUGAAUUAGAAGGGCGAUGUCUGCUUCACGUGGAAGUUGAAGACAUGAAUGAUAAUUCACCUGAAAUAAUAUUAACCUCCAUGUCAACGUCUGUGCCUGAAAAUGCAACCCUAGACACUGCUGUGGCUUUUUUUACAGUGAGAGACAGGGAUUCUGGGAGAAAUGGAGAGGUUAAACUGGAAGUUUCCGAUAAUAUGCCAUUUAAAAUUAAACCAUUAAGCAAUCACUAUUCUUUGGUCACAGAUGGGUUACUUGACAGAGAGAAGAUCUCUCAGUAUUCUGUGCAACUGAUUGCUACUGACUUGGGUUUUCCUGCCUUGCAGACACAAACCACAAUCAUCCUGCAUGUUUCUGACAUUAACGAUAACCCCCCAGUUUUUCUACAAGCUCACUAUGAUGCAUCUAUACAAGAAAAUAAUGAACCAGGAAGUUUAUUAUGUGCAGUAUCUGCAUUUGAUUUAGAUGAGGGUGUCAAUGCAGGCUUAAUAUAUUCUAUAGCUGAGAGAAAUAUAGAUGGCUCUCCCAUUUCUUCUUUUGUUUACAUUAAUCCCCAAAAUGGUAAUAUCUACGCCCAGCGUGCCUUUGAUUUUGAACAUAUUCAGGUUUUCCAAAUAACAGUCAAAGUAGAAGACUCUGGAUUUCCAAAAUUAUUUUCCAGCGUUGAAGUGUCUAUAUUUGUACUGGACAUAAAUGAUAACUACCCCACUGUGCUUUAUCCGGUUUAUUCAAAUGAGCCCAUUAUUAGUGAACUGAUACUGAAGUCUGCAGCGGCUGGGUAUUUAAUAACAAAAAUAUCAGCGGUGGAUUUUGAUUCAGGUCACAAUGCUUGGUUGCAAUUUCAUUUUAACGAAGACGCUGAUUUCAAGCCCUAUAGAGUUUCUGCAAACACAGGAGAAAUAAGAACUAUUCAAAGUCUAGAAGACGUGGAUAAUUCAGAGCAACGGCUUGUUAUUUUGGUCAGUGACCAUGGGGAGCCUCCUCUGACAACAACAGUCACUGUACUUAUUAAUAUAGUGGAGAGUGUUAUUCAAGAAAGCUCUAAAUCUCAUGCUUUGCUUCCAAAUUCCGCACCCAUUACAGAUAUAACAUUGUAUCUUAUUAUUUCUUUGGUGGCAAUCAGUUUGGUUUCCCUUGUUACAUUUACCAUCUUAUUGUUUAAAUGUUUUAAAAGAGAAAGCUAUACCAGUAGCAAAGGCUGUUGCUUUAUGAGUAGAACACAAUCUAAGCAAUAUGCUGACCAGUACCAGCCAACUCUUUAUUUAAACACUGAUGGGACCCUAAAAUACAUGGAAGUGCGGAUGGUUCCGCCAGAAUCUCAGGCACAAUGUUAUCAGGCUUGUUUCCCUCAAGCAACAGGGAACCCUGACUCUAGUCAAACAAAUGCACAAGCUUUUCCACCACCCACCUCUUUUCCACCACCCACCUCUUCAGAAACAAGCUGGCUAAAUGAGCUAAAUCAGCAGGCGCAACCUAACGCAGAUUGGCGGUUCUCUCAAGCUGCUCAGAAACCCGGACCCAGUGGGACUCAGCCCACAGAGGAAGCUGGAGUUUGGCCAAAUAACCAAUUUGAAACAGAAAGACUUCAAGCAAUGAUUUUGGCAUCUGCAAACGAAGCUGCUGAAGGAACAUCUGGCCUUGGAGGCGGAACAGGAACAAUGGGGCUCAGUGCCCGCUAUGGACCUCAGUUUACCCUGCAGCAUGUCCCUGACUACAGACAGAAUGUUUAUAUUCCAGGAAGCACUCUGACUCCAACAAAUGGAGGAGGAAAGCGGGAAGGAAAAGGAAACAAAAAGAAAUCCAGCAAAAAGGAUAAGAAGUAAUCAGUGACAUUUACUAAUUAAGCAGUAAUCUUAGAGGAAUUCCCCAAGCGAAUUUGUGAAAGAGAAUCUGAAUGUCAUCUUUUGGGAAACACAGUAUACAAGUUGAUCAUGUAGGUUUCAUCAUCUGAGCUAUUUGCAAAAUUAUUCUCUGAAACUAGAUAAUUCUGCCUCUAGUUCUUAUGGUACAGUAUGUAUUUUCACCUCUGGAACAAGUGCCCUGUCAAUAUUAGGCAACAUUUUGUACCAGUGCAAGGUCAUUUCAUAGUAGAUUAUCUGCACACUUUUUACAAACUGCUAAAAAUAUGGUUUGUUUCCACAUUUAAAAGUGUGGAACUUCUUCCAAUGUAAAUAAUUGCAAUGAAAUAUCUAUUUAUAAUUUAGACGCAGUCAGGUAUUCAAGAAACUAUUCAAACUUGUGUCCCUUUUUUUCCAAAUCUCUAUGAUUUUUGUUUUCAAGAAUCCAAAUACCACUGGCAGUAAAUGAGAAUGUCUGAAUGUAAAGUUAGCUGAGGCGUUGGGGACUGUCCAAAAAUACAUUGCUGAAGGUCAUGAUCAUUUGGAAGCCAGACAUUUCUCCAGCCAGUAAUUCCUCUGACCCCAGAAUAUGUCAAAUAUGACAAAAGAGAAAUACAAAAAUUCAAAUAGCUAGAAGUUUGCCUACAUGCCCUUUACAGGGGAACAAUAUCUUGAAACUGGAGCAAAGUUGAGUAAUAGAGCCGAUAAUGCUCACAAAUUGUAUAAAAAAAAAUCUUUGUAGUGAUUGUACAACUACUAAUGAAAAUGUGUUAAUGGUGUUAUUUUAAUACUGUAAUUAUUGGUAAUUGUUUUCUUUUUUGAAUAACAUUCAUCUCCUAUACCAACAGUUAAUGAGUUGGGAGAAAUUAAAAAAACUAAAUAAAGAAGGUGGAAAACACCCAUAAAGAUUAUGCCGAAUGCAAAAUUAGGGAGUUUAGGAUUUUCUUGACUCAGAGUGCUCAAGAGUUUUUUACACUUCUGCACAGUGAAAUGCAUGUACAAAACCUCACACUGCUUUGGCAACUUCACCAGAUUGUGUUGCAUGUUUCCAGCAUGGGGUAAUUCAUUCUUUAUAUAGGAUGGUAUAUAAGUGAGCCUGUUUAGUGCAGGUCGGAUAAGUAUAUGAUUAGAAAGGGAAGAGAUAGAUUAAAUGGGGGAAGACAUAGAUCAACAACUGAUCCAACAACUGUUCCAAUCUGUACAAAUACAACAUUUACUUACAUGGCCAACAUUUAGGGCUCCUGCUUUUGUUUUGUGAUUUACUGUGAUAUUUCAUAGAAGACACAAUUUUAGCCAAUUAUUCACAAAUAUUUUUAAAUUUGUCCCUGAUGAACCUUUAUUGUUGGAAGGAUAUCAACCUGACUGAAUCUCCAUCGACUAAAUGUCAGUAUUUCUAUAGCACCCAAAAUCCUGGUAUGGGCAAAUUAUUUAUUUUUGAUCACUAUGUUGUAUUAAAAGCUUAAUUGCCUAAGGAACGCUAUAUAACCAGUUGGUUUGCUGUGAGCUCCCAUAUUUAUAGAUGGACAGCAGUGAGGCUUUUUGGGGCCAAAAUUAUCACCAGGAUACUGGGUCUGGAAGAGGUUGAUUUAGAAGUCAUAAAGAAGUAUUCUUUUAACUGAUUCCCAACAGGCUGCAUUUUUCUAUGUACUUGCUUAAAAGGGGCUACUUGGUCAGCAUAAGAAAAGCUGAUACGAUUGCAAUGACUUGGGUAAAACCAUUUUUAUUAGGCCGAUAUUUUCCAAAAAUACAGAGAGCCAACUUUGCUACAGGGUUUCAACAAAGUUAAUGCAUACAUUUGAAAAAGAAGCCUUUUCAGCUCAACCUUACCACAUUACUAUGUUAAUUCAUCCAGAGAAAGGCAAACAAAAGCAUUAUAAUUGGGGAGGAACAAUUUUCUGACCCCCCAAAUGGCAAUUGGAUUUUUCAGUGGAUCUGAUACUACUGACUGUUUAAUAGAUCCUAAUUUAAUAUACCCUUUUCCACUAGAAGGCAUCCAACCCAUUUUUGAACCCUGCCAACAAACCGGUCAUUGAAAGAAAAGAUAUCCUUGAAUACUCAAAAUAUUGAAUGACACCACAAGAAGGAAUGAUGGCACUAACAAUAACCAAUUUCUUGCAGUUACAGUAUGAUAAUGCCUCUCUAAUAUUGAUAUAAUGUAUGUGUAAUGGUGGACGUACACCGGUCGCUCAUGCAAAAUAUAUGACUGAUCCAAUGGGGAGCAAAUAAAAAGCUAUGUAUUUAGCCAAAUACAUUUCUUCUAUUGGCCUGAUGAGUUGGAUCUGCAUUUUCUGAGUUAGGAGCUACUCAUCUGCAGAACCAAGGUUUAUCAAUUCCAGUUUAGACCGAUCAACUGUGAUCUAAAAGAACCACAAAAUGGUCUGUUAAGACUCACCAAUGAGCUGACACACAUGCCUAGAUGUUCACGUAGUAGGAUCGGUCAAACUGCCAGGCCUAGUGUGGGCACAUACUGCCAGCUUUACUGUGUACUAGGUACUAGUAUAACAAUAAGCAGACUAUUAUCCAAUUUCAAUGUUUCAUGUGGAUAGAAAAUAAUACUGAUAAAAAAUGUAUCGAUCUACUAAAUAACAAGUGGGCAAAUCCUUUAUUUGCAGAGGAAGUUCAAUUCUGUAAAGCCAAUGAUCCAAUCGCUCAACAGCCGAACUUGUCAAGUUUCCUACAUUUCAUUUAAAGGGACAAUUUAAAAAAAAAACUUUUCAUUUUACACAGUAAUAAAAUAAGCAACUUUGCUUACCUGCUAAAAUAUGUUUUUUGUUGCUAGAUAAGAUGUAGCCCUUGAUCCUGCGCAACCCUUGGAAAUGUUAUUAAUCUUUUGUGACAAUCUAUCAUUUUGGUUCCAUCCAGUUAUAGGUUAUUAAAAGUGCCUCUUUUCAGAAGGCCAGCAUGGGAGGGGAAAGUAUGUGGAAAUUAGCAUUUGCUUCUAACCACUGGGAGUGAAGUGGUUUCCAUUUGUAUCGUGAGUUCUCCUUGUUUGGGAAGCUGGCUGUUGUUUUCAAGCUUAAUGCAGGCUUUUGGCGCUAUAUAGUUCUGUUUGCUAAAAAAAAAAAAAAAAAAAACACUAUUAAACCUAUAUUCUUCUGUACCACAAUCCCUAAUAUUCCCUGUGUACAGUAAACACCCAGAACAGAUUAUAAAAUAAUGUAUUAUAUCCUGUUCACUACCCUCUCCCCCGGGGUUCAGUUGUAGUGAAUCAUUUACAUUGCUUGUAAUGCAAACAGAUAGGGAAAGUCACGUGACUAGUUUAGCGGUAGAUUACAUUUUACUAUUUUAUUUUUCUUAUAAUUGAAAAAAAAAAAUUUCCAUUGUAGAGAAGCUAUUGUCUUGUACGAGUAAUGUGUUUCUUUUCAUCCCUGUAGCUCGUGAACAGCAGUAUUUUAAUAUCCUCUUAUCUUUCUAUGUGGUUUGUGAUAUCAAUGUACAUGAGAUGAAAUGCACCUGUCCUUUCAAUGUGUCUAAUAACAAGCUAUAUCUACAUAUGAUAUAUAUAUAUAUAUGCUUCUACCCUUUCCUGUAUCCAUCUAGGCCCAUGACAUUGUAUCACAUGCAAGUUUUAUACUUUGUUUUUAUAUUGCUUUCUUUCUUUGGGAAAAAAAAAUAAAUAAAACAUUUUCUUCAAAAUAA